CGAUUGGGAUGAAAGUCGCUUAACUGAUGACUUCAAAGGUAUAAGUUCAUCCCACUACCUUUUGCCAUCCACCAACAUUGCUUUAGUUUCCCUUCUUUGAAGCUACAAAUAUAAACUGGUAUUUGUUAAUAAUAGGUUUUUCUUUUUUUUUUUUCCAAUUUAAUUCGUGAUAGGAAGCGUCUUGUUGGAUUCCUGUAUCUGUCUUUCGAAUAUCGUACCGUAAUCUGUUAAAAUCGUUUGUCGCGGACUAAUUUUACUACUUUCUUUCUUCCUUACAUAGCGGAAACCUCCUAAAUUUGAGAAGUCUUUCUUUCCUUGCUGCUUGUCUCCUAAUUGAAAUUACCGGCUGAUUAUGCGCGCAAUGUCUUCAAGUUUUCUACGAAAUGAUCAAGAGCAACAGUGUCCUUUGGCAACUGUAACAAGCUUUGUAUCUGCGAUUAUUAUUAUUAUCGGACUUGUUCUUUCUUAUCUACUCCAGGUUUACCGAAUCGUAAAACUUGGAACCUCAAAGGGUCUUAGCUUUUCCUACCUGGGCUUAGGUUACAUUGGUGUAUUGAAUGCUCUUGCCAACGUAAUUACUCUUCAGGUCGUCCCUUUGACAAAGUGCUGCCAUGAAUUUUACUCUGCUCGCCAAUGCUUUGCCAAUUCCAGCGGUCUUAUGCAGGUCGGUUCUCAGGUGAUGUCAAUGGGUGCAGUUCUACUCUCUUUCUGGAUGUACCUCCCUCGUCCUAUUCAUUUUGUUUCCAACGAUGAUGAGAGUGGUGAUCCUAUCCCAGAGCCUUUAAGCAUUACGAAAAGCAAAACCUGGCGAACAACCUCGUAUGGUUUAUUGGGAAUAUUUGCCUGGGGCCUGUGUAUCUGCAUCUUAUCUGCUACCGUUUUAACUUACAAUAUGGCUUGGGCAGCAUUUCUUGGUUUUAGUGCUUCUUUCUGCGCCAUCGUACAGUACGUCCCUCAGUUUAUUUCCACUAUCCGUCACAAGUCCCAUGGCGCUUUAAGCAUUCCCAUGAUGGUUGUACAAACUCCUGGCGGUUUCUUGAUCGGUUACCUAUUGUCAAGACUCCCCGGUACAAAUUGGACCAGUUACAUGAUGUACGUUGUUAGCGCAUCUUUGCAAGCGGUUUUGCUUUCUUUAUGUUUUUACUACCAUCUUCAAAACAAGAAAACUAAGCAAGAAGAAGAAGCUCUUGCCGUACAACGUGAGGAAGAGUGUCAACGUGCUGUAAGAGUGUUGGAAGAAGAAACCGGUCCUUAAAAUGCGUCUGUGAUGUUUACGUUUUCUUAUCAUGAAUCUCUUUAGACAUUUUAUGCGUCUGAAUUUUUCAGUCUUCAAAAUCCGAUCACUUUUUCAGUCUCUUUCCACAUUCCUUUACCUUAUAUUAAUGUGUUAUUAUUUAUCAAUCGUUAUGUCAAGCACAAUUGUUAUACUAAAAUUCUAAAUUCAUCAGUCGAAAUGCACGAAUGUCAUAUAGUCGUGAAGUUAUAAAAGUUUUAAUAAUAUUAUGUCAUUUUAUUUUUACAACUUCUUUUUUUUACCAUUAGA